UGGGAAUAUUUAAUCAGCAACCUAAUUAUAAUCAAUCAUAUACGAAAGAAAAACGCCGGAAUUACUGGCCCUCAAGGACCUCCUGGCCCACCUGGCCCCGCUGGUGCUCAGGGUAACCAAGGUCCAAAAGGUGAUCAGGGUAUUCAAGGACCCAAAGGUGAUCAAGGUGCUACUGGUCCUACUGGCCCUAAAGGUGCUACUGGUGCAUCAGGCACUGGUUUUAAUCUCGCAUCAGAUGGGAAUUAUGAUAUAUCAAACAAAAAGCUGACAAGUGUGGCUAAGGGGACUGCUUCCAAUGAUGCCGUAACUAAAAAUCAACUUGAUACUAAACUAGCACUUUCUGGUGGAUUAAUGACCGGCAAUUUGGAUAUGAAUAGCAAAAGGAUAUACAAUGUAGCACAACCAGAUGGUGAUAAUCAACCAGCUACAAAAGUUUGGUCAGAAAAUAAAUUCCUGGAUAAGUCCAGUGGAGUAAUGGCUGGACCACUAAAUAUGUCCAAUAAUAAAAUUACUCAUCUUGCAACAGCAACAGCUAAUGGAGAUGCAGUAGACUUUGAGUUCUUUAAUAAAUAUUCCAUACCCGGGUCUAGAAUCAGACAUAACCAAUUCCAGGUUAACAAUACUAAUUUACUUGGUUUAGUACAAAGUGGAUAUGAAUAUUCUAGUGAAGCUGCUACUUUAGGGUGGUCUAAAAAUAAAUUUUUACAGAGAACUGGCAUUAAUUCUAUGACUGGUGAUUUGAAAAUGGGAAAUAAUAAAAUAACCAAUCUAGCCGACCCAACUGAUACUACUGAUGGGGUUAACAAAAAAUACAUAGAUGAUAAUUAUUUGAAACUGUCCGGUGGCACUAUGACUGGUCAUAUAAUAUUAAACAAUGCUGUUCUUACUUCACAAUAUCAAGCAAUAAGCCGGAACACUGGAAAUGCAUUUUUUGUACAAAUU